UACUCCGCCCACCCCACUGGGAGAUGUGCGAGCAAGUCUCCACUAGCAGCUACCAACCCCUACUUCACAGUCACUGUCCCGGCUAUCAUUCCACUCAGUGUUCUGCGAGCAGCCACUGGCCCCUGCUGCAGGUUACUGUCCUGGCUCUGUCAUUUCACCCAGUGUGUCGCACCUCCACCAUGACCAAUGCUACCUCUCUCAGGUGGACUAUGCUGGGCCUCCUCACCCUCUCGGUCUUCACUGCCUGCGCCGCCGUCACCGCUAUCAGACCUGAUGCACUGCAGUGUGGACCGUGUUAUCCCAACCGGUGCCAAGCUAUAGGAGAGUGUCACAGAGGCAUCACCUGGGAUGUCUGCAACUGCUGUGAAGUCUGCGCCAAGGGAGUGAACGAAGAAUGCGGAGGACCCUGGAACGCCUACGGCAAGUGUGGGUACGGACUGACUUGUCUAAAGGAUGCCCGUGAGUGCCCCUAUCUGUUCCAUCCCAGGGGUUCCGCUGCCGACACUGGCUCCAACAUUUGUGAUGAGUACCUUUUUAACGCCAUCGGGAGGUGUGUACAGAGUGAGAAUGUAGUGGAAUCUGCCUUCAAGAGGAACAUUGUCAAGGAGGUGAUAGAUGUAGAAAAACAAAAAGAUAAUGCCGAGGCGGCGCCCAAAGAAGGCGACUCUAUGGUGGGCAAGAGGCUCAUGCUCAAGGGUGUGUUGAGGGGCGUGGAAUACUGAAGUGAGGUCAGGCUACCCCUGCCGCUCACUACCACCUGCUGUUACGCUCCCGGGUCUAUAUAAGGCCUUUAUCAUAUACUUUCUUUCUGAUUAGAGCAUAACAACUAUAGGCAGCGUUAGGGAUAAUAAUAGUCUUCAAUAAAACUUCUUUUAAUUAAGCAGUUAAUUAGAUCAUAAAAUGUAAGGCAAGUAAAAUUUAUACUAUUAUACAGUAUCUUUGUCAAGAACGCUUACUGCACAUUCUACAUUACCAAAUUGCUAGAUAAUGCCUUGAAAUGCAUGGUUAUAGAGAGACCUUAAAUCGGAGUUAUAUACAGAUACUCCUUCAGAGUAGAAUAUCUAGUCUUCAUACUAGAUUAGUCAGUGUAUUAUACAAUUUAAUAGAAUAUAUAAAUUGAAGAAAACCAACAGCAGUUAGUGUAUAAGAGCAGAACAGGAGUGUUGACUCGUUGGCUGGUAUUUCACACUCUUCCACUCUACAGCGAGGGUGAAGGUUAGGUAGGUCACGUGACUUCUACCAUCACAUUUACACAGGUGGAGGGGGGGGGAGUGAGGGGUGUAUAACAAUUGAACAGUUUAUUGGAAAUUUAACUCCACAUCUUUACCUUUCACAGGUACGCAGACCAAUAACAAAGUGACAAUACACUAGAAGUUAACCCAUUGUGGCCACAUAAAUAUAAAUAUACAAACAAAUAAUCUUAACAAUACAAGGACAUUCAUUUCCAAUUUAGCUAUUAAAGGAAAUGAACGCAAUGUAAUAUUAAAGAAAAUAAAGGUUAACAAUAGGAGCAAAGUAGAAGAGGCACAACACUCCGGUCCACAAGAUAAUAUCUUGACGUUUUGGUCGUUACGAGCGUGGAAUGAAUAUCAUGUCCGCUGAGGAACGACUCAAGUGACGGAGAUCUAUCUUCUCCAAGUGCCGCAGCAAUCCACUUCCUAGAUCAGGAUCAGACAUACUUCUAUUACUGUCAAGAAAUUUUGCGGUUAAUCAAGCCAUUAGGAACGAGACAAAGCGCCGGCUAACACACUAUUAGAUCCUUUUAUGCGAAAAAUAGAAAUCCGGUAGGGGUGGAUCCUUAAAGCCCACCUUAAUAUUCUAGCAUUCUUAGAUUUCAUCGAAUUUAUAAAUGUAAGUGGAUCAUGAUCAGAGUGAAUAUUUACCACAUGAGAAUAGCCAAGAUAUACGUCAAAAUGCUCCUAUAAAAAGACUACUGCUAGGGCUUUUUCUACAGUGGAAUACGAUUUUUGGUAUUCUUUUAAUUUAUAUGAAUAAUAACAUACUGGAUGUAUGAUAUCCCCUUGUUGUAAAGGUUGUAGUAACACAGCACCGAUAACAGAGUCGCUGGCAUCCACGUGUAGAGUGAAAGGAAAGUUGAAAUCUGGACAUCGUCAUACUGGAGCUGAGGAUAGAAAGCGUUUUAAGCAUUUAAAGGCUAAGUUACAGCUCUCGUCCCAGUUGAAUUAUGUUUAGGACUUGUUAGUUUAGUGAGAGGAGAGGCCACUUGUGCAAAGUUUGGGCAAAAUCUUCGGUAAUAAGUAGCCAUCCCUAAAAAUCUUUGGAGGGCUUUUCUAUCUUGGGGAUGUGGAAAAUUUAAAAUGGCUUUGACUUUUAAUUUGUCAGAGGCCACAUGUCCUUGCCCUAUUUUAAAACCAAGAUAUUUAAUUUGUGCCUUUCCAAAGUCACAUUUUUUGCAAAUUUAAAGUGAAAUUAUACUUUUGUAAGGCUUUCAGAGUUCUUCCAAUCUUUCCACAUGAGAUUUCCAAUCAUCACUAAAAACCACAAGGUCAUCCAAGUAUGCUUCCACACCUUCUAAAGGUUGGACUAGAAUGUUCAUAAUUCUUUGGAACAUUGAAGCGGCAUUACAUAAGCCGAAAGGCAUAACUUUAUUUGUAAAUAAUCCAUUUUUAACAAAGCCUGAAAUCUCUUUGGCCCAAGGGGUUAAUGGAACCUGGUAAUAACCUCUUAAAAGGUCCAACCUUGUCACAAACGUGGCCCCGGCCCCUGCAUCAAUAAGGUCGUCAGUUCGGGGUAACGGGAAAUCAUUGGGCUUGGUGAUAGCAUUAACCUUACGAUAAUCUGUACAUAACUGAACUGUACCAUCUGGCUUGGGGACUAAUAAGCAGGGAGAGGCCCAAGGCAUCCAACUAGGUUCUAUCAAAUUGUAUUCCAAUAAGGUGGCUAUUUCUUGUUGAAUCAAUUUUUGUUUAGCAGGAGAGAUUGCUUUAUCAGAUCUUCUAAUAGUUCAAUAUCAUGAGAACCUAAAGUACAAGGUUUAGGAACAUCACUGAAUAUAGUCUUGUAUUUAAAGAUCAAAUCUUUUAUUUGUGAUUUAUGAUCUGUGGGAAGAACUUCUAGAAAAUUAUCUAAUUGUUUCAGAAUUUCUGAAUUAUUGAGUAUAAAUUCUCUCAAAUCUCCUGCUGUAUUAUUUAUAAGCUCAGUGACUGGAGGUUGAAUAGUGGUGAUAGUAGUAGGAAGAGGGUUUACCUCGUACCUUUUUAAAUUAUUUAUGUAAUAACUCAACUUUCUUACGACAUCCUGGUUAGCUCACCAGAUAAUUCACUUCGUUUUCCUUACAUACUAUCUCAUAAGGCCCCAAAUAACGAGGAUUUAAAGAAUGUCCAGGAACUAAGUUUGUUUUUUACUAAAACUAGUUCAUUUGGAUGGAAGGAACACUGUUUUGACUUCUGGCCAUACAACUUUUUCAUUUUAGCUUGAGCUUGGGUCAGGUUCACCGCAGCCAAGUUUUUCAAUUGGGAAAGGCUCUCUUACCUGUCCAUGAAUCUCGUAAUAUAGCUAGAGGUCCCCGUACUUGGUGGCCGAAAAUCAAGUAUUUAGUACUAUCUUGUUCAGCUUCCCUUAGCCAAAGAGAAGGAAGGGUAAACCAUCUUAUUCUCGCGAAUAUUGUUUGCAAUAAGCGAGCAGUGUGGAUUUAAGGGUUUGGUGGAAUCUUUUUAAUACGCCUUGCAAUUGGGGAUGAUAGGGUGUAGACAGGAUCUGUCUUACUCCUAAUCGUGACAUGGCCUCUUUAAAAACCUUCGAUGUAAAAUUUGAGCCUUGAUCUGAUUGAAUCUCAUGCGGUAUGCCUAUGUGUGCAAAGAAGCGUGAAUUUUUGACAUUGGAAUGGCCUCUGGAUACUGAGUGGCCAUAUCCAUAAUAGUAAAGAUAUACUGAUUUCUCCUCUUACUGUGGGGAAAAGGUCCCACACAUUCUAUAACUAAUCUACCAAAAGGCUGCUUUGGACUUUAUGGGAACUAGAGGGGCUGUAGCCGGAUUGUGGGCUGUUUUGCCUAUUAUUUGACAAACAUAGCAUUUCUGUACUUGAAAUGGGGCCAAUAAAAAUAUUUCUGAA